AUGGCUACCACAAUACAUUUUCCAAAAGAGGAUGACGGGGCGCGAAUCCUCGGAGUCACCCUGGCAAUAACGAUCGUCGCUCUCAUAACGAUGAUCGCUCGUCUCUUCGUCAGGGUCAGGAUGAUCCGCAACGUCGGUUGGGACUGUAUAGCAGGGCAAUGCUUAAUAGUUCCUGAGGUCCUAUAUGGAGCCGGAAGACAUAUCGAUCAGAUUGAACCCACCGACUUCCAAACGGCGUUCAAGUUGAACUUCGUUACCCAGCCGAUAUAUCUCCUAUCGAUAUGUCUAGUCAAACUAUCGAUCGGCUUCUUUCUUCUUCGGAUUGCCACUAUCCCUUUCUACAGACGAGCUAUCAUUUCGAUAAUGGUGUUUAUGGCUGCUUACACGAUUGCCUGCUUCUUCACAAUCAUGUUCCAAUGCACCAAUCUUGCCGUACAAUGGGAUCCGACCGCCAAGGGUACUUGCUGGGACGUGAAAACUCUCAAGGGCUUGUCAUACACCAACGUUGCUUUAAACAUCAUCACCGACAUUCUCUUCGCGAUAGUGAUACCCAUUCCCAUGUUAUGGCAAGUCCAGAUGAAUCGACGACAGAAGAGUUCAAUCAUUGCCAUUCUCGGACUUGGUAUCUUCGCCACCGCCGCAGCGCUGGUAAAGAUAUCGUUUCUUCCGAAUUAUGGCAAAACAGGCGACUGGCUAUGGGAUAGCAGGAACAUUACAAUCUGGACAGUGCUCGAGAACAACGUCGGCAUCAUCGCCGGUAACCUACCCUGCCUGAAGCCCAUCUUCCGCAGCGUCCUCGGGUCCACAUACGGCCGCGGCUCGCGCAAUCGCAGCACACCCAAAUAUCUCUCUCGUCCCUACGGCGGAGGCACCGGCCACCAAUCCGCAAAGAACAACUACAACUCGCUCGCUUCCAGCAAGACCCGAGAAAAUGCUUUCGCGCCGUACGGCGUCUACGAGAGCCACAUGAUGACGACAAUUGGAGCAGACAAGGAACGAAGCGGCAGCGCGAGCAGCAUGCGUGACGAGAACAGCGAGGGAAAGAACAGCGCGGAGAGCGUGGUUCUGCUAGAUAACCAGCCGCAGUCACAGUCAUUUGGCAAGAUGGGUGGGAUCCUCAAGACCACCGAAGUGUCGACCGAGGUUGACAACAUCUCGCGAUCUAGAGGUCGGGAUGUGGAGGAAGGCUUGAAGCCGGAGCGGAAAGAGGCACAUAUGGUAUAA